AUGGGGACUUCCGAGCCUUUGGCUACGACGAUAACGACUGCAACCGACGAGAUGCCUGACUUCCGUCCAACUCGUCGGUUCUGGGCGGCCUUAGGUAGUUUCCUAGUCGUGAUCCUAGCUUCUGCAUUAGACGCCAUCUCUAUCAUAUCUCGCGAGCUUGGCGGUACUGCCAUUCAAGCUUUCUGGGCAGGCACAUCAUUCCUGCUUACGAGUACCGUCUUCCAACUGACAUUCGGAUCUCUGUCUCAAACAUUUGGACGCAAAUAUUUGAUCAUUCUUGCAUUGAUUCUCUUUACCGUCGGAUCCAUCGUUGCUGCCAUUGCCCAUGAUAUGACCACGCUUCUCAUUGGACGUAGCAUCCAAGGUGCCGGCGGGGGCGGAAUUCUCAGUUUGACAGAGGUUGUUAUUACCGACAUUGUCCCACUUCGUCAACGUGGCAAAUACUUUGGAUAUGGAGGGGCUGUCUGGGCGCUUGGGUCUGUCACGGGUCCCAUCAUGGGCGGUGCAUUGGCUGAGGCUGCGUCUUGGAGAUGGAUAUUUUGGAUCAAUCUUCCAAUUUGUGGAAUUGGCUUCGUGCUAAUCAUCGCCUUCUUGAAUCAGAAACCAGUCCCCGGAUCCCUGAUUCCGAAGCUGGUCAAAGUAGAUUGGAUUGGUGCAUUUUUGCUUACGGCUUCUGCGACCAGUCUGUUACUUGCCCUGUCCUGGGGCAAUGUCAUGUACCCCUGGUCUUCCUGGCGUACAAUUUUACCACUCAUAUUGGGCGUGAUCGGCAUUGCUGGAUUUGUGGUUUAUGAAGGCAAGGUGCCGCAUGACCCUAUAGUGCGCCUCGCUAUUUUCAAGGAGAAGACUGCAUUAGUCACCUACCUGGGAACCUGUAUUCAUGGGAUCGUUCUUUGGUGUCUUCUCUAUUAUCUUCCUUUAUACUACGAGUGCGUUAAGGGGUACAGCGCUAUAAUCUCUGGUGUCGGUGUCUUCCCAGAGACAUUUACUGUUGCUCCCGCCUCAAUCGUGGUGGGAGUACUAGUCUCCAAAUGGGGUCGCUUUCGAUGGGCCAUUUGGAGCGGAUGGUUCUUGAGUACCCUGGGAAUGGGUCUCCUCUACCUAUUAGGACCCAAUAGCUCCAUCCCAGAAUGGGUAUUCUUGAAUCUUGUACCUGGGCUAGGACUUGGGGUGCUCUACAAUAGUCAAGGGUACGCAACACAGGCUGCAGCCGAAGAACAGGACUCUGCCCAUGCAGCAACGAUGUACGUCUUUUCACGGUCGUUCGGUCAGAGCAUCGGGGUGGCCGUUGGUAGUGCUAUUUUCCAGUCUCAAUUCGCUGUCAAUCUCACCUACCCGGAACUGGCAGCGGAAGCUACCGAAUUGUCACAGGAAGCCAGCUCCCUGGUCGAGGUGGUCAAGGCCAUGCAACUGGACUCGCCGCGUCGGGUUAUGAUUGUUGCCGCAUAUGCGGAUAGCUUGAAAGUAGUAUGGGCCACGAUGGCCGGUCUGGCUUUCGUUGCACUGGCUACUAGUCUGCUCACGCGGAGUUUGAACGUCAACCGUAAGCUCGAGUCGGAGCAGCAACUGCAAGAGAAAGAAGAUUCCACUGGGUCAAGUUUUGCUUGA